AUGGCGACCGCUGCUGCCAUGGCCCGCGUAGGCACGGACUCCUCAGAUCCUCCGGCCCAGCUUCCCGCCCACCGCCCCUCCCGCAGAAGCUCUGCCCUCCGCGCCCGCCAUGCGGCGCCUUUAAAGCCAGGGGCGCUCGCCCCGCCCCGGGUCCGCCCCGUCCGAGCCCCUGCCAGAAGUGUACCGCGGCAAACGGCCAACGGUGAGCAGGGGGCGGGGGGCGCGCCCCGGGAAGCGGAGGUCGGUGCUUGCUCCCGGGACUGCGACGAGGGUCCGACGACCGCUCUGCCCGCCCCGUGCUGUCGGGUCCUGUCCCCAAGCCCCGACCCCGCAUUGCUGGGCGAUGAGGUCAGCCCCGGUUGCGGGUGCCCGGACAGGGCGUCCGUCCGGAGAGGGGGGACCCGGCCCUCGGGGGAGAGGAGCGGCGGGCGCCGGGGCUUGACCCGCGUGCCCCGAGGGCGGGCGCGCCGGAGCUUCCCCGCGACCCUCAGUGCCGGGUUCCAGGAGCACGUGUGGGAGCUGCCCGCGCUCCGCGGCCGGGAGGCCGCCCUUUCCGUUCCUCUUCCCGCCCGCCGUCCUGCUGGCGAGUCGGGGUCUCGGGCUGGCGCGGACAGCCCCCCGACCUCGGGCUCCGGGGGCUGCAGCCCGCGCGGGCGGGCGGUGUGGGGAGGGGGUUGGUUGCGGGCGCUCCUGCCCCCGCGCCCGCCGGGCACCCCCUCCCCGCGCCCCCUGCUGCUGGGAAAGCCGGCGGGGGCUGCCGGCGGGGGCUGCGGGCGGGCGCGCGGGCGGGCUGCCCAGACCACUGCGUCACCCCGGCGGUGGGCGGUGGGUGACUCAUCCGGCCUUAACGGCCCAGGGCGUGGCGUGGCGAGGCGGCGGGGCCGGACCUGCAGGACCGGAAGUGGACGGCCGCCUUCCCGCUCCUGCGGGCCCCCCGGAGCCUGCUGGAGCCCGGGCCCGGGGAGUUCUGGGGCAGCCUGGCGUCUGGGAGCAGAAGGGAGCGUGGUGGGAGUGAGGGCCCCUGCUGUGUGUAUAAAGCCCCUGGCUGUGAGGACACUGGGCCGUCUUGGAUGAUCCAGCACACUGUUCCCAUGUCAGGACCCUUCAUUCAGUCCCACCUGCAAAGGCCCUUUUUGCCACGUAACAUUUGCAGGCUCUGGAUGUUAGGAUGUAGACACCUUUGGGCGGCACCGUUAUUCUGCCCACCAUAGCUUGUCAAGGGGAGGUGGGAUUGGUUUUGAUUGCCUGGUUUCUCAUGGGAAGUUCCUUUUGCCUGCUGAAAUCUUUUUUUUUUUUUUUUUAAGAUUUUAUUUAUUUAUUUGACAGAGAUCACAAGUAGGCAGAAAAGCAGACAGAGAGAGCGGGGGAAGCAGGGGAUGUGGGUUAGGACCUGAGCUGAAGGCAGAGGCUUAACCCACUGAACCACUCCGGCACCCCCUGCUGAAAUCUUUUAAGGGACUACUCAGACCUACUCUUCCAGGAAGGCUUCUGGACUGCUUCUGCCCACACUCUUCUCGACGUUUCUGUCACGUAGGGUCUGAUUUGUACAGUCUCAUCCCGCACAAGCCUUCCGCUUUCCUGGGUGCUCUCUUUGUCUCUCUGUUGGCUUUCCAGGACCAAGAACUUCCACCGCUUCCACAGUGCGGGCACGGAUUGGGGGGUGCUUCGUUAAGCCCAGAGGCUGGUGGUGAGGGUGGGUGUGUCCGGUUCUCUGGCUCCUGGAAGAAGUUCCCUAGCCAUGUCUUCCUCUCCCCAAAUCCUCCUCUUCCCCAUGGCUGCGGUUCUAAUGACCGGUUUGCCUUUGCCAAAGCAGACCACCCCGAACGAGGGGCCUUGUUUACCCCGUAUUCUACUCCAGUGGGUUUUCUGUUUUAUUCUAGUGGUGGGGCCGUUCGAAUGAAGUCUAAUGGCAGCACUCAGCGA